GUUGAUUUCUUGGCAAUGACCACUACGCCUUGGCAGGCUGGCACGAACCGUUGGGAUGAAUGUAAACGGCGAUACGAGAAUUUAUUUACAAUCAGUGGGGGCAGCUCAUUUGUCACCUGCGUAUCCAACCGCAGAUCCACUCACACCCAAGAUAGGCUGGCCCGAUGCGGGUCCGCCAUGUCAAUCCUACCCAUAGUUGAUUGACAAAGUGACCAGCGGACAUAUAUAAAGGAAUAGCAACCUUUCCUUUUCAUACAAUCCCCUUCACAAAAAUGGCUAUUCAAACACUUCCAGCCUCAACUCAAAUACUUGUUGUCGGCGGCGGACCCGCAGGAAGUUACGCUGCUGCUGCUUUGGCUCGAGAAGGUUUUGAAGUCACUCUUCUCGAAGCUGUGAAUUUCCCUCGAUACCAUAUUGGCGAGAGCCUGCUCCCCUCGGUCCGCCCUUUCUUAGCAUUUAUCGAUGCAGAGGAAUCUAUCAAGAACUACGGGUUCACGGUUAAGCCUGGUGCUGCAGCCAAGUUGAAUCAGUUCAAGCGAGAAGGAUAUACAGAUUUCAUUACGCUAGACCCAAACAAUGGGUCUUGGAACGUGAUUCGAUCAGAAUUCGACGAUUUGCUAUUUCGUCAUGCUUCGAAGUGUGGCGCAACUGUGUUCGACAACACCAGAGUCACUGAACUUCAGUUCGAGGGCGAAAGACCUGUUUCAGCCAACUGGAAGAACGCCAGCACUGGAAUAGAGGGCCGUAUCUCUUUCACCUACCUAGUUGAUGCGUCAGGAAAGAACGGGAUCAUGUCCACAAAGUAUCUCAAGAACAGACGCUAUAAUCAGGCCCUCAACAACGUUGCUUGCUGGGGAUACUGGGAUGGAACCGGGUGUUACAUGCCAGGUACCACUCGCCAGAAUGCUAUCUGGGUCGAAGCACUUGAAGAUGAGUCUGGAUGGGCUUGGUUCAUCCCUCUUCACGAUGGAUCUACAUCUGUGGGAAUUGUGAUGGAUCAAGAGUCAAGCACCCGUAAAAAGAAGGCUUCCCGUGCGACUGCAGGAGAAUCUCGCUCAAAUCUUCUGAUUCAUUAUAAGGAAGAAUUAAGCAGAGCUCCUGGAGUCCUCAAAUUGAUCGGAAAGGGCACUCUUCGCAACCACGGUACUUCAGAAGCUGUGAAAUCUGCCAGCGAUUUUAGCUACUCUGCUCCCUCUCAUGCCGGGGAUCAUUUCCGCCUGGCGGGGGAUGCUGGAGCGUUCAUUGAUCCAUUCUUCUCCUCUGGUGUCCAUUUGGCCUUCACAGGAGGACUUUCGGCUGCUAUCACGAUCGCCGCGUCGAUCCGAGGACUCUGCAGUGAAGAGGAUGCCCAACGUUGGCACACCUCAAAAAUUGCCACGUCUUACACGAGGUUUCUUAUCGUCGUCCUUGGGAUCUAUAAACAGAUCCGCAAUCAGACUAUGCCAGUCAUGAGCGACGUGGACGAAGACAAUUUUGACAGAGCCUUUGAUCUCAUUAGGCCGGUGAUUCAAGGAACAGCAGAUGUUGGAAAGGCGUUAACAGAAAACGAACUCCAGAAAACUAUGGACUUCUGUCGUCAUCUAUUUGCACCGACUGAUCCCGAGAUGCAUUCUGCAGUCAAAGCUAGAUUGGAUCCUGCUCUAACAUCCCCAGACGCACCCGUCAUGACAGAAUGCGACAUCGACCGCCUGCUCGGCGAGGCUGAUGAGGAAGCUAAGAUUGUUUUGAGUGAGAUCAACGCGCGAAAGCCCAUUCAUUCGAUGUACAACCCCACGGAGAACUUUGGUGUCGAGCAACACUUUGGUUUCAAAGCUGUCUUGGAACGAGGCAAAUUGGGUCUGGUGACUGCUUAG